CCGAGGUAGAAUGUAGUAGAUAAUAAUGUUUUAUCACUUUUAAGUUUGAUGUGGGGUCGUUCGUCGAAGGCAACGGCAGUUGUUUGUCAAAACGGGCACAUGAUUGAGUGCUCGUGUAGUUGUUAAAGACAACAGAAAACAAAAAGAAACAGAACAUGGUGAAAUCAGCGUCGAUUUUGUUUCUAAUUGUGAUGGCCUCGACCAGCGUUACUAUUGAAGGAUCCCGUAUCCUCAUAUCGGCCCCGUUUGGCACGAAAAGCCACAAGAACAUGUACGUGCCGUUGGUGAGAGAGCUGGUGAGUCGAGGACAUGACAUCACCGUCGUCACCAAUUAUUUCACCGCCGAAUUCGCCCAGCUGGAUGGUAAUAACGUUCGCGAAAUCGUCCUCGACCAAUUAACCGUCGACAUGUCCCAGUAUCCCAACGCCUUCGACAGUUUACUUUCAUCGUCCAAUCAUUGGUGGAACCUGGGCUUUUCUCACCUGCUGCUUCUCAGCAUGUUCAGGUACACCAGCCAGGUUACCGAGGCCCUUUACGGCGACGCCAGAGUCCAGCAGAUGAUGGCCAACGAUCAAUUCGAUCUGGUGAUCGCCUCCCAGGUACUGAGCACGGCCAGCGCUCCGCUGGCCUGGCACUUUCGAGCGCCGCUGAUUGUGACCAGUCCCAACACUCUUUUCGCGGGCAUGGCCACCGUGCUGGGCGAUGAUGAGCACACGAGUUACGUGCCGUUCGUCUUCACUCGCUACACCGAUCAGAUGAAUCUGGGACAGAGAACCAUCAACACCGUAGUCACGAAAAUGUCCACGUUCUUACAGCAAUUGUACGAAGAAUUGACGAUCCCAGCCAUCGUCAAGGAGACGGGCGGCAUCACGGGCUGCCCGCCCGUUCAGAACAUCAUUAGAAAUGUGACAAUGGUCUUCACUAAUAGCCACCCGAGUUUCACUUAUCCAAGAUCUCUGCCGCCGCAAGUCGUCGAAGUGGGCGGACUCCAUUGCCGGCCGGCCCAGGCUCUGCCCAGCCAUUUGGAGACUUUCUUAUCAUCGGGACGAUCGGACGACGUCGGCGGUUUCUUGCUCUUCAGCGUGGGCAGCCUACAGCGAAUGGAAGAUAUGCCCGAACGGGUUAUCCAGUCGUUCAUCGGGACCUUCGCACGUUUGCCCGGCGUGCGGGUCGUUUGGCAAUGGAAGGGCAAAAGGAGGACAGAUUUACCUUCAAACGUUUUGGCCAUUCCUUGGUUGCCGCAACAAGAUCUUUUAGGACAUGCUGGGUGUCGGGGUUUUAUCACUCACGGAGGACUCAACAGUUUACAGGAAGCCAUUUUUCACGGUGUACCCGUACUGGGAUUGCCUUUCGGCAUUGAUCAGUAUUUAAAUUUAGCUCGAGCCGUGAAUGACGGUUACGCAUUGCAGCUUGAAUGGAGGGAUAUCGACGAAAGUACCUUGAGCGCAGCCAUUGAGAAGUUGCUGUUUAAUCGCAGCUUUUCGAUCGCUGCGAAAAGAUUGUCCGGCCUUUUGCGUGAUCAAUUACAGUCGCCGUUAGAACGUGCCGUUUUCUGGACCGAGUACGUGAUUCGUCAUAAUGGAUCGAUGGACCACUUGCGAUUGGGAUCCCGCAAAUUGGCACCUUACCAGCGUUCGCUGAUUGAUGUCUACCUCGUGUUAGUUCUGAUCGCCAGUCUUCCACUCUGGCUCGUUUUCUUGUGUUUGCGUUGCUGCUGGUCUACUAAUAAAACCAAGGCGGCAACUGCAAUGUCAAAGAAAAGCAAGCAAGAGUAGUAGAACCUAGAUUUCCAGGAACUUGUAAAUUGCUUGAGCAAUGAAUAAAUUUAUUCCUUCUUUUUCACGAAGCAAAGUGUUUCAACAUGAACAACUCAACAGAUAAGAAAAUUCUUACAAAGUUGUGACGUCGAUUUGACGUUCGUU